UAGAAAGCACCAGUGAGGAAAGAAGCCAGCAUGGAACUUCCUUCGCCACGAGACUCCGUGUCUCCUUUCUCAUAGCUUGAAUGCACUUUAUUUUGGGGGAUAACCUUCUGAAGAAUCCAUUUCAGAGGUUCACUGGACUAUAAAAGAGAGGGGCAACAAACCCCAAGUUCUCUCUCUGCUAAGACAAAGAGCACUUUGGACUUUGACAGAGAUUCAGAUCGGAGAGGUGGUCAGCCAUCUUGCUGUAAGGUAGUAUGCAAUGCUGAGUGAUGAAGAUAAUUGUAUGAAGUUGAAAAGUGAUCACGUGCCCUCUGUGCAAUGGUAUAAGCUGGUCAUACAUGAAGAUGAAAAGACCAAGCUGUUUUUUAAAAGACGUGUUACACUGUUUGCUGUCGUGGUGUGCUUCCUUUAUAUCCUCAAGUUAAGUUUUGGCCCUGAAGAAUGUGACACGAAGAAAAUGCACUAUGUGGACCCUGAACGUGUAAAGAGAGCACAAAAAUAUGCCAAACUCAUACAGCAAGGAGAAUGUCGACCUUCUUUUGUGAAGAAGGAGAUGGACAGAUUAUUUGCUGAGAAGUACAGCGCGAACAUAUUUCCCUUUGUAACGGAAGAUAUAUUCAGGCAUGAAGAUGUGUUUAAAUACAAACCUCCGUUUGGAUUUCACAAGAACUCUCAUAAACUUCAGAACCUCUUAAAACUCUUACCUGAGCAUGACUUGCCAGAGAACUUGAAAUCAAAACACUGUAAGCGUUGUGUUGUUGUAGGAAGUGGUGGAAUACUUCAUGGAUUGGAGCUAGGCCAUGUGCUGAAUGAGUUUGAUAUUGUUAUAAGAUUGAAUGAUGCACCAGUUCAGGGCUACACAGAUCAUGUUGGUAACAAAACUACCAUAAGGAUGACCUAUCCAGAGGGAGCCCCACUUUCUGAAAAUGAAUAUAACCCUCAGAGCUUGUUUGUUGUUGUCUUAUUUAAAAGUGUUGAUUUCAAUUGGCUUCAAGCAAUGGUAAAAAAUGAAGCAUUGCCACUAUGGGUGCGACUAUUUUUUUGGAAGCAGGUGGCUGAGAAAAUUCCUGUAACACCAAAACAGUUUCGUAUUUUAAAUCCGAUCAUCAUUAAAGAGACAGCCUUGGAUAUACUACAGUACCCUGAGCCUCGAUCUAAAUUUUGGGGCUGGGAUAAGAAUGUUCCCACAAUUGGGGUCACUGCAGUUGUUCUGGCCACACAUUUAUGUGAUGAAGUGAGUUUAGCAGGAUUUGGAUAUGACCUCCGCCAACCCAACACACCUUUGCACUACUAUGACAAUCUCUGCAUGGCUGCAAUGGAAGGACAAACUAUGCAUAAUGUGACAACUGAAACAAAAUUCCUACAAAAACUGAUCAAAGAUGGGAUUGUGAAAGAUCUCAGUGGAGGAAUACAGUGUGAAUUCUGCAAAAAAACAAGCUAAUGACUGGAACUGAGAGCACAGACUGGAUUAGAGGUUCCUGCAGCCUUGCUAGCAAUGGCCCUUUCAGUGCUCUCAUCCCACAAAGACUUUGAAGAAUCUCUCUUCUUUGUAUUUCUGUUGCUUUUUAAUGUCAAGUUGAAUUUAUUGUAUUUUUUUUAUUUAUUUUGAGUCCAGGUUUUUACCUUGCACACUUUUUGUGGGUAAUUAUCAAUACAGUUUUGAGUUUAGAGAGAUUCAUUUAAAAUAUGUCAUGUUUUAAGCUAUCUGAAGGAAAACAGAAAAUUUAAGGGUUUUAUAUGUGAAGGGCACUCACGGACCUAGGUGUGUGUUUCCUAAUCUGGGGAGAGAAGAAUUGUUCCCACUGAAGUGGUGUUGCCGUUGUGGGUCCAUUUGUCAGUACAUGAUUCCUCUGUGCAUACAAAGAAAAGCAAAGGUGUGUGUUCGUAAGAGAACUUGCUUUGUUGCUUGUAGGUUCACUAUUCUUUGGUAGAUCAUCCACUUGUAUAACCUUCCACAGAUAUUUAGGCUACUCCCUUUCUGUGCUGAUACCUAUUUUUUGGGGGGUGAGGGGGCAGGGAGCAGGAAAGGGCAAAACUGAUGCAGCAGUGGAGCUGAACAGUAAGUUCAUUAAUGCCACAUCUAAUCAUGCCUGGUAUUUAAAUCAUUGACCGGUGUGAAUGCUUUAGGAUUAGAAUGCUGGCCACUUAAACACUUGACACAUUUGGGCCUGACCAUGUUAUAACCAGAUUUAGCCUACAGUAGAUAUCUAACCUGAAGCCAAACUCUUCUGUUUCCCAUUUCUGGCUCCCAAAAACCUGGUCAUAAUGUGGUUGGGUCACAAAAAAGUUUAAGCAUCACUGUUACAGGAACAGCAUCAGCAUGAAUUCCAGUCCUCUUUAGGGAGGGAGUUAAAAAGUAGUGUUUGGGGCUACACCUGCCCUUUUGCUAUUUUAUAAAAAUGUUUUAGUCCUUGCUGCUGAGUGAAAGACCCACAAACGAAAAGGAAACUUACUCUGUAGUAGUCGGAGUGAAACUGACUACAGACAAAAUAAAAGAACGGAAAGAUUUUAUUUAAUCUCCUUCAUGGUACAGUAGGUAUUAACUUGCAACAGUACUAUGUAAAAUAAAAAUUCACAUUCAAAUAUAGUUUAAGUUGAUAGUGGCCCUUUUAUGUUGUGAAUAUGGUGUAUGCUUCUUAAUUGGAAGGGAGAGAGUGGAAUUUUGCUUUGCAGACCACCUAAUAAACUGGCAAUUCUGUGUGCACAAAUAACUUAUGAAGAAGAAAUUGCCUUUGAGGAAGUAGUAUGAUCUACUAGCACUGUACAAUGUCUUCUAAGUGCAGAUUGCUUUUAAAAAUUCCUGUAUAAAUGUACUUUCUAAUGACCAGAAAUCAAUGCAAUUGAAAGAAAGCGGGAUUGCAGAUUUGUGAACAAGUCUGAACUGUGUCAUUUUAUUGUGCAAAUAACACAGUUGUGGUUAUUGGAUUGCUUGAUUUUGAGUGCUGUCUGUUACUCAGAGCGAGUGAAAAAUGCUUUAUUUGAAUGUGAAAUCUUACCAGAAAGUUAAUAGAAGUGAACAGGUGAAAUAUAAUUAUAUGAAUUACAGGAAUCACUUUGACUUUCCAGGUGACAAAUCUUCCUAUUAGUUCCUUAUCAUAUGGUAAGAUACACUAGGCAUAUUUUUAAAAUUAGCAUCAGGUUAAAUUGCAUCAAGAAAAUAGGACGUGGAAUGGAAUAUAGUAUUCAUACUUGCCAUGAAGAGUAGGUCUAAUGGAUGAUUGUGUAUGAACGCAGAAGUUGCACUGGCUAUGGUUGUGGAGAGACAAUAAAACAAUGCCAGUUUACAAAGUGUAACAUUGAAGAUAGUGGCUGUGAGCCUGAUCUUUCCUAAGUACCCACACAUCCCCUAAAGUGAAUGAUUAGAAAUCACGCUCUGUGUGUUCAGGGCUCCAUUUGUGCAACAGCAAUAAUUAUUAACAUAACUUCCUCUUCGUAACUUGGAACAAACUAGUUUUUCUUAACAGCAAUAAAUUUCUAGUCCAUGUUUUUGUAUGCUUUUAAGUAUAGAUCAAACUGUUUACUUGAUAAAUUACUGAUAUGUAAAGAGUUUUUACAGAUAGUUUCGUUUAAUAUAACAUGUUGAUUAUUAUCCCCUUAUAGUUAAGAUAAAGCAAGCGACCUUAACUCCAUUCAAUAUUACUGAAAUAUGAAAGGGUUUGGGAAAGUUCAAAAUGUGCAUAUGGACAGUAGUACAUUGAAGUCUUUCAAAACGCUGUUACACAAACGUUUUGUUAUACAUCAACUGUUAGUUCACCAGGACUUCACACUGUUAUGACUUAAGAAUAUGAAAAUGUGAACUUAAUAGAAUGAAAGUAUUAUUAAAGCAAUCAGUAACGUCCUUUGAAGUUUUCCAUUUAUCAUCAGCUCUACAAGAUGCUUUAAUGUGGGCUUAAACUGUAGUUCAACCAGCUUUGUCAGUUGUGAUAAAACUUUUUUCUCUGUAGUAGUAAAUAUUAUGUGGAAUACCCCUAUGUGGACUUGACCAUUCCUGAAACAACAAUGGAUUUCAGGCUGUGAAAAGCAAUAAACAAAUGGAACCACUUUCUAUUUAUGUAGUUUCACAGGUCACAACAUAUUCUGUCUCUUUCAGUAAGAAUUAUAUAUAGCUAGAGAUUUCACUGGUCCAAUAGUUGACAUUAGAUCCCACACCAUCUAGAAAGAGGAGACCUUAUGGAAUAGUGCCUCAUUUCCUCUCACUUACGCCAGUUUAAUUUCAUGACAGUUAGUCUUGGAUCUCCUUGGUGUACAUGGGAAUUGGUCCCCUAUUCACAGCCAAUGUGCUCUCCAGCUUCUUGAGGCUAAUGUAGAUGAGAAUAUAUUUGUCUUAAUUACAGCAUUGUCCUUAGUGUUUACAUUAAAAGUACUUGUACUGAGAUUUAAAGAUUUUGUGAGUGAAGAUAAAGAAACCUUACAUUAGAAUUUGCCUUUUAUAAUAGCAUUAUAGGUGGGAGGAGGCACAGAUGCAUAUUCAGUAUCAGUGCAGUUUGUAUGCUUUUUUCAUAGUUACUGGAUAGGUUUUUAUUUUGGUGUCUAGAACUUUGUUCAUUUUUCAACUUUGAAUGGUGGUAGGUUGUUAACUUGCAGCAUCUGUCACCUGAAAAAGGCAAAAAAUGAUAUACGAGAUGAUCUGUUCAAUCUUAAAGUAUUUAAACCUGUAAUCUACUCUAAACUACUUUUUUAAAGAGGGCACUAGCUUGCCCAUUUAAAAAUAUAUUUUAUUAAAAAAAUCUUUAAAGUAAUUCUGAGUUUAGUUCAUAUUUGGGGGGUUAUUUAGAAGAUAGCACAAGAGACACACCUAGGAACAGCUCAAUUAUUUUGGCUUAAAAGAGGUUUCCCAUUCCAAUUUGCUUUCACAGAUUUUCACAAUUUUGUGUAUGCAGAGUAUGGAUUUCAUUGCUGUGUGUGUACAGGAAUCCUGCAUGUAACUGGAGGCAAGCCAAUGUCCACUUGGGAUUUUUGUAUGGUAGUGCUACUUACGAUUAGUUUGUACAGUGCUAUGAACAUGUAAAAUGCUGAUGUAUGUAAAAUACAGGCAAAUGGAGACGUGUAAAUACAGAGUGAGAAUAUUCUACAAAGCAGUAUUAGUCUCCAUGAAAGAUCUGUAACCCAAUGGUAUUCAAAUAGGAUUGUGACCCAGUCUUGAGGUACUUGGAGAUGUUUAUAGAGACUGAAUGUAGACCAACCUCUUCUGCCAGUGGGUGCCGGGUGGUAACUUGGACUUUAGUGUGGCAGCCUGGUCUUGAAUAAGAGGUAACAGAGGAGACCAACUGACAUAGAAAUGAGAGACCUGCACAGAAAAGAAGCAUGAGGUGGCUUUUGUCACCAGGUCUUGUGUCCUUCAGCAAGGUGGGGCAGGGAGGUUCCUUGAAACCUAUUCUUCUUUCAGAGGCGACAACAGAGACUACACAGAGGUGGUCAGGUAGCAUUCUUUCUCUCUCCCACCAGCAGGAGGGGUUCUUGCAUGCAUCUCCGGUUCAAUAAGCAGUGGGAUCUCUUCCUUAAGGUUGACUUUCCAGAACCUUUCCCUUUUGCCAGAGUGUGACUGUCUUGGAGAGCAUAAGCCUUGUUUUCUAUGUAACUAAGGCUGUAUCUGUAUGAUGAAGUUUGGUUGGUACAAGUAACAUCUGUGAACAGCCACCAGAGUUUGUAUGUUGCUCGGAAGUGUGCAUGCUUGGCUGUUGGCUUUGGUGCGGUGCAUACUUACUGGGAAUGCUUGUGUCGGUGUAAAGUUAGGUGCAACACAAGUCGAUAGCCCAGUGUGCCCCGUGCCACUGUCUGGCACAAUACCUUUUGUGAUAUUUUUUGAGUGCUUUGUGGAAUAGCUGUGAUUUGUCUCAGGAUUUCUUAGAGAUAGGGGUCAAGGUCACACCAUGCCACUUCCUUCAUCCCAUCAUACUUUCCACAUCUCAUAAUUUUCGCAUUGUUUUUUGAAAACUCCCUCCGUUCCAUGCGGUGCUUUGCCAUCAUUUCUCUGUCAGAACCCUGGACCCUCUUGAGCUCAACACAAUUCUUACAUGCUAACUGAAUGCUGACGUGUAUAUAGUGAGGGGGGGAAAUGCCAGGUUGCUGCUGACAUUGAUGGAGCAGCACCACACUUAGCCACACAAGCCAAAGAAAGGAAAUUUGAACACUCAAAGAAAAGAAUAAUAGAAUAUCAGGGUUGGAAGGGACCUCAGGAGGUCAUCUAGUCUAACCCCCUCAAAGCAGGACCAAUCCCCAGACAGAUUUUUGCCCCAGAUCCCUAAAUGGCCCCCUCAAGGAUUGAACUCACAACCCUGGGUUUAGCAGGCCAAUGCUCAAACCACUGAGCUAUCCCUGGUGACUCUACCUUUGUUUUAUUACCUCUGGCUGAGCACAGGACACUGUUCUGAUGUGGGUUGUGUAACUGGAUUGCCAUACAACCCUUUCUAGAACUUGUUCCCUAACCUGUUAUUUUCUAACACUAUACCAGUAAAGCAAAGAAGAGUCAAUGCCUUUGCCUUAAUUUGGAGGUGGGCCAGGUGCCAUUUUUAAAUGGGAAACAAAGGUGGCUUGGUGGCGGGGAGGGAGGUGAGGUUUGAGGGAAAGGAAAAGCAAAAAACACAUUUCAAGGAAUAAUGCAUGUACGCACUUACCCAAGCUCCUUCACCCUUCACGAGCAGGCUCAUCUGCGCUUUUUUAGAAGGGGAGCAAUUUUAGCCUAUUUCUUCACUGCAUUAUACUCCAGAAGGAGGAUCAAAUUCAGCCCUCUUCUAAUUUCCUGGACUGUAAUGGAGAUAAACCUGUGGUGUAACAGGUCUGUAGCGUUGAAUCAUUGUUCCAAAGCCCAUGGCUGUUACGUUUCUUGCAGGCAUGCUAAAAGGACAUAGGACUGGAAGAGCCCUGAAAGGGUCAUCAAGUCCAGUGCCUUGUUACCACAAGUAACCCCAUUUUAUAAUUGUGUUCCAGACUUCCACUCCUGAUGGUUAAAAACCUAAAUCCAGCCUAAAUUUAAUAAUUGUUACUUUAUAUCCAUUGUGCCAACAUUGCCAUUUAGCUUAAAUAGCUUUUCUCCCAUGCUGCUGUUUACCUCCGAUCUAUUUACUGAGCGUACUCAUAUCCCCUGUUAGCCUAUGUAUUUUGCUAGGCUAAACAAGCCAAGUUCUUUUAGUCUCCACUCAUUGCUAUGUCCUCCAUUAUCUUGAUCUUCCUAGUAGCACUUUCUUCACCUGUUCCAGUUUGAAUUCAUCAUUCUUCAACAUAGGUGACCAGCAUUGUAAAUAGUAUUCCAGAUGAGGUCUUACCAGUGCUUUGUACAAAUGUCAAAGGGGAGAGAAUCAAGUGGUCAGAAAACAAACUUGAAGAAACUCUGGAGAGCUCACACUCUGUGUAACUGGGAAGAGCAUGGUUUUUCUCCCAGCUGAGAUCCAGUCUGAGUGGAGGAUGUGCUUCACAACUGCAGGAUUUAUUGGGAAUCAAAAGUGAGUGCCAAAUACAACCUACUGCCUGCACUGAGUACUGCUGUUAGGAAUGUUGUAAUGUGGGCAGGGCUAAUACCAAUAUCGCCAUAUAAUGUAACUUGCCACUGUUAUUUAAGUAGAGCUGGGGGCAAGAGAGGAAGUGGGCUACAGAUCGGCAUUGCAAAAACUGGAUCAACAAAUUCUUUCCUCGCUUGCAUAAUAGGCUUGUGGCUACUACCUGCUGCUUUGGCCACUGUGCCCUGAAAAGUUCUGUGGACGAACUGUUUGUACUUGUGCAUUGCACUAGGAGACUCAAAGUGAGGAAAAUGCAGUGCCAAGACUGACAUUGUACGGAUUCAUAGAAUUCAAGGCCAGAAGGGACUAUUUCAUAAUCUAGACUGAUCUCCUGCAUGUCAUAGGCCAUUAAAUUCAACCAGUUACCCCUGUAAUUGAACCCAGUAACUUGUCUGACUAAAGGAUAUCUUCCAGAAAGGCAUCCAGUCUUGAUGUGCAGACAGCAAGAGAAGGAGAAUCUACCACUUUCCUUGGCAAUUUGUUCCAAUUGCCAAUCACAGUAGUUUAGAAAUUUGUGCUUAAUUUCUAUUUGGAUUUGUCUGGUUUCAGUUUCCAGCCAUUGGUUCUUGUUAUGCCUUUGUCUGGUAAAUUAAAGAGCACUUCAGCACCUGGUAUUUUCUCUGUGUGAAGUACCUAUAUGCUGUAAUCAAGUCACCUCUGUCUUUUUGAUAAACUAAAGAGAUUGAGCUUUUUAAGUCUCUCACUGUAAGACAUUUUCUCCAGCCCUUGAAUCAUUUUUGUGGCUCUUUUCUGCACUGUUUCCAAUGUUUCAGUAUUCUUGUUAAAAUCGAUCUCACUGAUACCAUAUAAAAUCCCCUCCCUAUUCCCGCUCACUACUUCCCUGUUUAUACAUUGUAUAUAUUAUAGCAUUGCACUGGGAGCGCAUGUUCAGUUGCUUCUCCACUCCUAUAUCCUUUUCAGAGUCGUGGCUUUCAAGGCUGCAGUUCCCUGUUCUGUAGAUAUGUCCUGAGUUCCUUGUUCCUAGACGUUUCAUUUGCAUUUGGCUGUAUUAAAAGUAACUUUUUUGAAUGGACCAAGCUUACUAUGUGAUCAAGUUUGCUAUGCAUGACGGCCCUGUUCUCCUCAUUUACUAUUCCAGAAAUCUUGAUCAUCCACAAAUACUAUCAGCGGUGAUUUUAUAUUUACUUCCAGAUCAUUGGUGAAAAUGUUUAAUAGUGUCAGGCCUAGUAUCAAUGCCUUCAGAAUUCCAUUAGAAACGUCGUCCUUCCAUGAUGAUUCCCUGUUAACUACUUUAUGAGAUCUGUCAGUGAGCCAGCUCUUAAUCCAUUUAAUAUGUGCUCUGUAGUUAUUGUUUAGUGCCACUUUUUAAAUCAGAAUGUGGCAUGGUACGAAGUCCAAUGCCUGACAUAAAUCGAAGUAUGUUAUCUCUGUGCAGGUACCUUAAUCAAAUUUGUAAUCUCAUCCGAGUGAAAUCAGGUUUGUUUGACAAGGUCUGUUUUCAAUAAAACCUUGAAUUGGCACUAAC